UAAACGCAUGAAAAUAAACGCCCAGCCGGGUCAAUGCGCAAAGGAAGAGGAAAUUUUACGCCAUUGAUGACAUUUCUUUUACGCUGUCGAUAUGUCAAAACUAAAAGUGUAUUUUUAUUUUUCACGUAAAUCCCGAAUUUUGUAGCGGCAGACUUAAUGGUGGUAUAGUGGCGAUGUCUAGUACUCAACAGAGAAUCGACGGACUUUUGGACAAACUUAAUAAGGAUAAUUGCCCAAGAAGCCCACCUAUGAACCCCAAGCCAGGCUUGCCCCCUUCUAGGGCGUCUCUAGGACUUGGGGGCCUUAACAGCAAAAGAAACAGUCCUAUCACGACGCGGCCGAGUGAUUUGCCCCCUUUCGAACCACGGAGGACUGACAACGCAGAUACCGAAAGAAAACUUAGAGAAAUUAUGAAAAUCAGCGGUGAUCUGAAGAUUGACGGGGUGCUCUUCAAGACCAGCGUCCAAGACAUGGAGCACAUUGAGGAACUAGGCAAUGGUACUUGCGGUCACGUGGUCAAAAUGCAGCAUAAACCCAGCGGCAAAAUAAUUGCAGUGAAGCAAAUGAGGAGGUCUGGCAAUAGCGAUGAGACCAAGCGCAUCAUCAUGGACAUUGAAGUAGUUUUAAAGUCCGACUGCAAAUUUAUCGUUAAGUGCCUUGGAUGCUUUAUAACCGAGUCAGAGGUCUGGAUCUGUAUGGAGUUGAUGGACACUUGUUUUGAUAAGCUGCUGAAGCGCCUAAAGCAUCCGGUUCCGGAGGAUGUUCUAGGCAAAGUCAGCGUCGCGACUAUUGAAGCAUUGUCUUACUUGAAAGACUAUCACAAAGUGAUCCACAGAGACGUAAAGCCAUCAAAUAUUCUCUUGGACACCAAAGGCAAUGUAAAGCUCUGCGAUUUUGGCAUUAGCGGUCGGUUGGUGGACUCGAUGGCGAACUCUCGAAAUGCCGGCUGUGCGGCUUACAUGGCGCCCGAACGUAUCGAGCCGGAUCCGCAAAAUCCAGAUUAUGAUGUGCGUGCUGAUGUGUGGUCGUUGGGCAUAACACUGGUAGAAUUGGCCACCGGCGUUUUUCCCUACCAAGACUGCAAGACUGACUUCGAAGUACUCACCAAAGUGAUAGGGACUGAUCCGCCUUCUUUGCCACAUGAUCAACAUUUUUCGCCAGAAUUUCGUGAUUUUGUUGCGGGUUGUUUGACCAAAGAUAAAAUGCAAAGACCGAAGUACACCAAACUGAAGAACCACGCUUUCAUUAAGCGAUAUCAAUUGGCAGAGGUAAAUGUGGGAGACUGGUACGUAAGAGCUCUGCAGCGAGUUGGCGAUAGGGCGACCUCGAGACAUCCAGUACGCCAGUUCUUUUCAAUGCAACAAAAGCUCUCAUCAACUCAACCAUCAAGAUCUGCAGUGAACGGAGGUCGAUCACCAAAACCCGAUAAAUUUCUCAAUCCACCCGACGUGAGGACUGGAUCUACAUUAUCUGUCUUUAGUCAACAACCUGCAUGUUUGAGUAGUGCCGAAGAGUCCCAGUCAGUUCGUCACUCUCGUUUGGACGCGUUCCAAUCCGUUGUUCAAGCAAGGCCGGGUCAUGCAAAUAGGACGUUUUCUUCGCUUCAGGCGUAUCAGAAUCACGUAGCGUCUUUGCAGCAAAGAGACGAACACAGUGGAGGCAGAGGUUAUCAAAUUGGCUUGUGCUCGCCGAUGCCGCAAAGAAAGUUUGGAGACGGCAGCUCUGCAGCUUUGGGACCUUCUUCGUUACCCGAGACUCGGAGUUUGAGCGAAACAAGAUGGAGAUCACCUUUAGGGUCGCCUCUCCCUUUGCGAACCAAUUUGCCCAUCGAAGAACCACAAUAUAUUAGCGGAAAUACCAGUCCCAUCAUUUUACAGCGGUUCUAUCACCAACAGAAGCAGCAACAACUGGUCAAAGAAGCGGAGGAAAGCGCGAAAUCCGAUCCGUGUAAGAAACGCUUUGCCUCCUAUAUUAAGAUGCAGCUGUCUGGCGAUCGAAGCGGUCGAUCUUCGAGACACCAAAGUCCAGAACCGCCGCCUCGAUUGCACCGAGGACAAAGUGCAGACACUCAAAGUCCUCUGGCUUUACGAAGGGCUUUCUUGGAAACGCACACCCCGAAUUCGCCCAGUAUAUCGCGAAGAUAUGUGCAACCGACGCCACCCGUGCCCCCACCGCGUCGGCUGUCUGAAAGUACCUCGGUGCCAGGCUCGCCACAACAUUUGAGGGCUCGAUUCCACUACACUCCCGAACCGCAGCGCAGAGUGUUUCCAAGCAGCGACGGCUCAUAACAGAACGUUUACGACGAUCCUUGUGCAACCUUAGUGAGAAUUUGUUUCGGGUUUGAACGAUAGAUACUUCUUGGGCACACAUUGUCAUCACAUUCAUAACAUCUCGUUAUCUCCAUAUGUAAUGG